GCGAAAUCGAUAGCUUAGCGGGGACGACUGUUAAACGUCAUGGCUGUUAUCUGGGCUAACAUUGUUUAUCGCUGUUAGCAAUACGCAUUUGUUUUAUCUGAAAACCAAGUUGAAGAAAAUCCCUGCUAAGUAACCGCGUGUAAAAUGAACACAAAACCUGACAACAAACCACCAUUUAAAAAGGUGCGAAAAAUAAAUGGGGCAAACUUUCCAGCUAGAAGAAUACCUCAAAACGUUCUGAAACGCACCCUCGAAAUAACAUCCAAUCCCGAGGACGGUUUUUGGCUUAAUAAAAGCACAUCGUGCGCUCCUCCAAUCAGCUAUGAAUUAUACAGCAAUGCAAGACGAUCUACUACCUUUGAAAAACUACGAUUGGCUCGAAACUGCCUUAUGCAGCGUGACUACAAGAACCUGGCUAAAAUAUUGGCCUCCAAUCAUACCGGUGACUCUUCGUUCGAAAGAAUCAGUUUCGAAUUAUUCAUGGAUAUAGCAAACAUUCUCCAAAAACACCCAAAACUCAACACAAAGGUUGCCAAAUCCCAAGAAAAACCGACUCCUCCCAAAAGUCCCUCUGAUGAGGAGGAGGAAACCAUGGAAGCCCUUGAAUUUUAGUUUGAACCUAACUUUACUUACACUCACAGUCCAACCAACAAUUUAAAACGACUCCAUUAUUUUUGGUAAAAACACAACCUUAUAUAUGUGUAUAUAUUUAAUAAGCGUUAUGUUCUUCCUUUUAUUUGACUUAUACAUAAUAUCAAUAUGUUUAAGGUUUUGCUAAAUAAAUACUGAAACGUG